CAUAUCUUUAUCAUCAUCAUCUCAUCAUGUGACAUUCUUCAUGAGAAGCUUCAGCCUUCUUCUGCUCUGAUCACACAAGGUCUUCAAUCUUUAGAACUUUUUUAUGGAAUCAGCAGAAGAGAGUCAGUGGUCAUCUAGAACGUCUCCACACUCUCCUGAUCCUGAACCUGAUCACUCAGCUCAUUACGAGGAUCUGAAGACUUGCGCUGCUUCUGAUGAUGAAACGUCAGCCUCUGAGGGACACGUGACGUCCGUGGAGCAGCAGAACGAGGGUUUCCUAAAGGAGCUUGUAAAGGUGGAGGAAGCUGAAGACGAAAACGAUCUCUCUGCAGGAGCAUCAGCCUGUGAGGAGCAGCAAAACAGAAGAUUCCAGCAGAAGCUUAUAAAAGAGGAAGACUCUGAUGAUGAAGAUUAUCUCGGUGGAGGAACGUCCAUCUCUGUGGUGGUCGUCCACUCUGACCAGGAGAACGAGGAGGAACCUGAGGAUGACGAGUAUCUCUACUGUGAGGGGUGCAGAUCCUUCUUCAUCAACAAGUGUGAAGUUCAUGGACCACCUCUCUUCAUCUCUGAUACCUCCGUACCCAUCGGGGUGGCCGACCGAGCCAGACGAACCCUCCCCCCUGGUCUGGAGGUUGGGAAGUCCAGUAUUCCUGAUGCAGGUCUUGGAGUGUUUAAUACCGGACAGACGGUUCCAGUUGGUGCCCAUUUCGGACCCUAUGAGGGAGAACUGGUGGAUAAAGAGGAAGCCAUGAACAGUGGAGACUCCUGGGUGAUCUUCAAGAGGGAGCAGGGUGAGGAGUACAUCGAUGCUAAGAGAGAGACUCGUGCUAACUGGAUGAGAUACGUGAACUGUGCUCGUACUGAUGAGGAGCAGAACCUGGUGGUGGUCCAGUACAGAGGGGGGAUUUAUUACCGCUGCUAUCGAGCCAUCAGACCAGGACAGGAGCUCUUGGUGUGGUACGAGGAAGAGUACGCCAGAAAUCUCAGCAUUACGUUCGACUACAUCUGGAACAAGAAGUGCUCCUCAAACGCCGGUGACCCCAGCGCGAACACCAGCUCUCCUGGACUCGCGCCGAAAGAAACCCACCGCUGCUCGGUCUGUGGGAAGAGCUUCAGUUUCCGAAGUGGUCUCCAACAACACCAACGCAUUCACACGGGCGAGAAACCGUAUCAGUGCUCGCGCUGUGAGAAAAGCUUCAGCAAGCAGAGUAACCUCCAGCGACACGAGCGCAUCCACUCGGGAGAGAAGCCCUAUCGGUGCGCGGACUGUGGGAAGAGUUUCACCCAGCACGGCCAUCUCCAGCAGCACCAGCGCAUUCACACCGGAGAAAAGCCCUACCGCUGCUCGCACUGCGGGAAGAGCUUUUCUCACCAGAGUACUCUCCUGACACACCAGCGCAUUCACAUGGGAGAGAAGUUGCAUCGCUGCGCUCGGUGCGAGAAGAGCUUCAUUAGCGAGCGUAACCUCCAGACGCACCGCUGCGUUCACACGGAGGAGAGAGCGUAUCCGUGCCCGGUGUGCGGCAAGAGUUUCUCUCGACAGUGCCACCUUCAGUCACAUCGGCGCAUUCACACCGGGGAGAAGCCAUACGUGUGCUCGGUGUGCUCGAAGUGUUUCACCGAAAGUAGCAGUCUUAAAAAACACCAGCGCAUUCACACCGGGGAGAAGCCGUAUCGGUGCUCGCACUGCGGGAAGACUUUUACAGAGAGCAGUAAUCUUCACCGACACCAGCGCAUUCACACAGGAGAGAACCUGUACUACUGCUCCGAGUGCGGACAGUGCUUUACUUGUUUAAAUACCCUUAAGAGACACAAAUGUGCCAGCGCUGAGCCAGCAAAUGUGGAAGAUCUAAAUGAGUGGUCAGAUCCUGAAGUCCGAACUGAUUAAAAACAUUUGUUUCUAUUUUAUUGAUGCAUUUUCUCCCAAUUUAUCGUAGUCCCUGAUUGCAUUGUGGUGGGUAUAUUGCUGCUUGCCCUUAGCGGAACCCUUUUUCACCUAUGCACUCUGCACAGGCGCCUCUGUCCACCAAUCAGGGUCCUUACACAGCGUUUGAAGACCCUCCCCACAUAGUCCGGUCAUCCCGCCAUAGCAGAAAUGUGUCUGCUGCAGGCACUGCCAAUUAUUGCCCGCUAGAUGGCCGUGUUUCGAACCGAGGAGUUCAAAAUCUCGGCACUGGUGUGCUAGCGGAAUAUCUCGCUGCACCACCUGGGCAAGGGUUAUAAUCUUGAAAGCAAAGCUGAGCACUAUAUAGCAUUAUAGCAUAAAAGCUUAACAAAGGAUACAAGGAAUGAAACAGCUGAACAAAGCAUGACGAAACCUAGACUGACCAGGGAUUGACCUAAAAAAAAAAAACAGGGCGGGCCGCUCAUGUGGCGCAGCGGUAAAAAGAGUACAUCGUAUCGAAUCCAGCUCUGCCUUACCGGUUCGAGGCUGAGUGGCUGUGCGAGCAAUGAUUGGCUGGUUGCUCAGUUAGGGGGCGGGACAAAGAACCGGAUGUUGGUCUCUCUCUGUCAGAAUGCGAUUACGACCUCUGCCGGGUGAUUAGAGGCGCCUGCACAGAGAUGAGGAAGAGUGCUCUUAGGGUGUGUCUCUCCGCAUGCAACGCUAGGUGGCACAACACUCAUCAAUGUGUGGGUGGCAAACAUGCAUCCGGCUGCUGCUCAUGUUUCGGAGGGGAUAUGGGUUAGCUUCGAUCUCCUCGGUCAGGGCAGGGUUCGGCAUAGACAGAGAGGAAACACGAUGCAAAUUGAACAAUUAAUGAAUGUUUAUAUCAAAAAAGCUAGGCCUAACGAGAGGUCAUUCCAAAAAACUAAACAAAGCUAAACAAUGGGGUCACUUCAAGAAACUGAAGCUGAACAAGGAUUCCUAGAAAGAACGUAAAGUUGAUCAGUCUGUGUCAACUCAGGUGGAUCUCAGGUGAAUCUCAGGUGGCGCAGCGGUAAAAACACACGCUGGGACCAGAGCUGGGAUCUUGAAUACAACGUAUCGAAUCUCGGCUCUGCCUGCCGGCUAAGGCUGAUGGCCACAUGAACAACGAUUGGCCUGUUGCUCAGAUAUGGGUGGGAUUAAGCCGGAUGGGGUCGACCUCUGCCGGCUGAUUGAUGGCGCCUGCACAGAGAUGAGAAAAGAGUGCUGUCAGGGUGUGUCUCUUCGUACACAACGCUGAGCUGCACUGCACUCGUCAAAGUGUAGGUGAUGAGAUGGAUACGGCUGCUGCCCAUGUGUCGGAGGGGGCGUGGGUUAGCUUCGUAGCUUCCUCAAUCAGAGCAGGGAUCGGCAUUGGUGGAGAGGAAGCAUGAUGCAAAAGUUGAUCAAACUGUUACGCCGUAAAUACGAAGCUGAACAAGGGGUCAUAAUAAAAUAAAGCUAAGGUGCAAAAGAA